AAUACAUUAUGAAUGAUAUAAACAUCAUGCAAGACGCAGACGAAGAAGAGGAAGAUAUGGCAGAUCUUGUUGACGAUGAUGAAAAUGCAUAUUCUCAAAAAAGAGAGCAAAAAGUGAUAAAAAGUGAAUUCAGACACGAAGAAUUACGCGAAAUCGGUUCAUCGGCAAUUUGGUCACUAUCAAGUUGGAAACCUGGUAAUGGUGUAGAUAAAUUGCGUGAUGAUAAUUUCUUGACUUAUUGGCAAUCAGAUGGGAUUUUACCACACAUUGUUAGUAUCCAAUUUCCACAGAAAGUCAAUGUUGUGCAAAUAUCACUUUGGCUUGAUUUCAAAAAUGAUGAAAGUUAUACACCCAAUAAAAUAACUAUUAGAGCUGGAACUCAUAACGGAGAUCUUCAGGAUUUGAGAACUGUCGAACUUGAUGAACCACAAAGGUGGGUGGAUAUACAACUCAGUGGUGAUGAAGUAUUAAGUAGGACAAGUCGUCCGGUAGGAGCACAUCUUUUCCAAAUAGCCAUCAAGGCAAAUCAUCAAAACGGAAAAGACACUCAUAUGCGGCAGAUUAAAGUAUUUUCCCCAAAGCUCCCGCUUUUCUAUGAAGACGAUUCUGAUGAUGAUAUUCCAUUUAAAACAGUUGAUUUUUCAAUGCAUGAGACUGUACGAUGA